AUGCAACCAGCAGAUACACCAAUUGAAGAAGGUUUGAAAUUAUGUAUUAAGACUGAUCAAGUACCAGUUGACAAAGGGAGAUAUCAGAGACUUGUGGGAAGAUUGGUGUACUUGUCACACACUAGAUCAGAUCUUACCUAUGCAUUGAGUAUAGUCAUUCAAUUCAUGCACAACCCUGGAGAACAACAUAUGAAUGCAGUCACGCGCAUUUUAAAAUACUUAAAACAUGCUCCUGGGAAAGGAAUCAUUUUUACUAAAAAUACGGAUUACCAAAAUGUGAAUGCAUAUACUGAUGCUGAUUGGGCGGGAGCAAUGGAUGAUAGGCGAUCUACGUCGGGUUAUUUCACUUUUGUAGGAGGUAAUCUAGUCACAUGGAAAAGCAAAAAACGGAAUGUUGUGGCAUGCUCAAGCGCUGAAGCAGAAUUUAAGGGAAUGGCACUUGGGAUUUGUGAAGCUUUGUGGCUAUGA